AUGGGAAGUAUUUUACCAAUUAGUGAUCUAAGGUUAUGUAAGACGAUACCUUUCCAAAAAAGUGAUAUUUAUGGUGUUUUACCAUUUGUGACGUCUGAAGUUUUGAGAGGCGAACCUUAUAGUUUUGCUAAUGAUAUAUAUAGUUUUGCCAUGAUUAUGUGGGAAUUUAUAUCUGGAGUUCUUCCAUUUGAUAAUCAAGCUCAUGAUUUUCAACUUGCUUUAGAUAUUUGUAAGGGUAAACGUCCAGAAAUUAUUGAAAAUACACCACAAUGUUAUAUAAAUCUAAUGAAGAGAUGUUGGAAUAUGGACCCAUUCAAAAGACCUAAUACUUUAGAAAUAAUUACUAUCAUCAAAAGAGAACUACCCGGAGGUACUGACAAAGAUUUUGUGAUCACAUGA